AUCAACCUAGACGCAGCCAUAGCAGCCAGUCUCCAUGGCGUAAACAAAUAAGCACAACGUUAGCCAGCUGAUACGGCAAUCCAAAUGGGAUUUUUUGCAAACGAACGAUGUUGGCUAACUUCUCAGAAAUGACAGCUUUUAACACUUUUAGACAUCAGCAGCGUAAGAUGAUGAGUUGUAAGAGAAGUCAGAGAAGUCUUUAUUCAUGUUGAGUGAAGUCUUUGUGAGCAUGUUUUAUUGAGCAGGCUAACUUCUAUCUGGCUUUAUCCUAGCCAAGAAGAUCUAACGUUAACGCGGUUAGCUAACGGUUCAUUUGGCAACUGUUCCUGUCGUUAUUUGUCGAAAUCGAAAACAAUUGCCGAUUCUUCGUUAUUAUUGAAGCCAGUGGGUUUGUUAAGUUGGCUCAGUUAAAAGUUAAUGCCGAGCAAACGUUAAUCGUAUGAACUGUAGCAUUACCGUUACUUACAGCUAGCUAUGCUAUCCGCUAUGUAAGUUAGCUAACAGCAAAGUUAGCUCAGUGUGUUAGCUACGUUAAUGUUAACGCCACAGUUGGUUUUGACAACUCCGUCGAAACGGGGAUGGUGUGGAAAGACAAGGUCCGCACUUACCUAGCUAGCAUACAGUAUUAACCAACCAUAAUAUUUAUUCAAGCCUCCGCUAGAACGUUAGAUAUUUUACUAGUCCCUCACGCUGAAUUCAGGAUGAGGCCGUAAUCAGUGGCUAGCGUCUAACAGCACCAAGCAGGUCCAUGUUUGAAGACUUCACUGAUUGUACACGGUUGCGAUGGCUGUAUGCAGCUGAAGGGUGAGCUGAACGAUUGCUGGAAAGUGCGGUGGCGAGAGUGUGCCUCGCGGCGUGAGCAGGUCCCAGUUCCACAGGUUGAACUGACAUGUUCGCUCUGAUGGCGAACUGCUGCAACUGGUUGAAACGUUGGCGCGAGCCUGCCAGGAAAGUGACAUUAGUGAUGGUUGGACUGGACAACGCCGGGAAAACAGCUACGGUCAGAGGCAUCAAAGGAGAUUGGGAUGAAUGCAGAGACCAAAUUAAGAGGGCUCGCCAGGAGCGAGAGGAGGCUGAGCGAGAAGGCAGGCCCCUUGAGGAGGAGGAGCCAGAUGAGGCCAACAUGCCCAGCCCCUUCCAGCCAAUCACAAACGUUAUUACUGAGAAUGAAGAGCGCCUGAAGCAGGAGCGGGAGAAGCAGGGGUCCGACCAGAGUCCCCAGGAAGCCAUGCAGGAGGAGGAGGAAGAGGAAGAGGAGAGCGAGAGGCACACACCAGAGAGCACAGAAUCAGGUGUGGCUGAACAAGCCAAGAAGAAAGCCAAGAAGCUCCGACUGAAGCGCAAACACCGUGUGGACCCCCUCCGCACAGACGAGGGACCCCCUGAGAGUCCCACACCACCCCCUCCACCAGUGGGCUGGGCCACUCCUAAAGCCUCCAGGUUGCCCAAACUGGAGCCGUUGGGGGACACGAGACACGCGGAUUUCUAUGGGAAGCCCCUCCCCCCAGUAGCCAUCCGGCAGAGGCCCAACAGUGACACCCACGAUGUCAUUUCCUAGCCAUGUGCUCUCAGCCAAUCAGUAGCGAAUAGACUCCUUCUCCCUCCAA